AGGGUCUGUCUGACAACCGAUUCUAAACUGUAUAGCAUGGACGAUUAUAAUUUAAAAACGCCUUAUGAAGCACUAACAAAUAUUAAUUUGCCAGUAGAUGGCUCACCCCACUGGCUCUGCUGGGAAUGUGCCUUCAGGCUGCUGGCAUGUGCUCGCUUUCAGCAGAAGGCCCUGCGCAGCCAGGCCCUGCUGCCUACCCUUUAUAACCAAUAUGAUUACAUGCAACAACUGCAUACCAUAGACAGACAGAAACACAACCUAACAUCCACCUUAGGUUGCAAAUAUUAUCUAUAUCACAAUGAUUUAAACUUACAUGAAACUGAAGGAACAUAUGAAGAUACAAAGGAACCUAUACAUGAAGUAAAUAUAAACGAAGUCACAAGCGAUAAUGAGUUGCAUAGUGUACAGUUUGAUUUAGAUCCCGAAACGUCAAGCGAUGAAGUUGUAGCUAAACAGAAAAAAACAAAAAAGAUUAAAAAGAAGAAGAAAGAACCUAAAAUCGACAGAAGGAGGAAACCAGCGAGUGAAGUGUUGAACGAAGCUUUAUUCACUAUUACUGACUUGACUGUUGACGAGCAGAGAGAGGUGAUAAUGAGGAGGAAAGAGACGGCGAAUUAUAAGAAUUCUGUUUUUAAGUGUGAAGAUUGUUUUAAAGGGUUUUUGGAUGAGGGCGCUUAUAAUAGUCAUGUUAUUCGGCAUACAGAUCAAAGCGGCACAUUCGUAUGUGAAGUAUGCAAGACUCACUUUAAAAUGCAACACGCGCUGCGCAACCACGCCGCCUCGCAUGUGCAACAGUUUAGCUGCAAGUGCUGCGCUUAUGUUACUACUAGGAGACACGCGGCUAAACUACACGAAGAAUGGCACAACGGAACGCGUUACCAGUGCCCGCACUGUCAAGAAAACUUCGACAAGUUCUCAACGUACAUGGGGCACAUACGUAUCAAGCAUCCAUCAGACUGGGUUUGUGCGCUGUGCGGACACUCGUUCGUUAGUGAAAAAGGCCUGCAGCUGCACAAGAAACUAAAGCACCGCUUUAACCACCAGCCGGUCGAUGAGACUGGGCCGUACUGCAAGCGGUGUGACGUUCGUUUCGGCUCGCAGGCUGCUCUAGACCAACAUACUAAGCUAUCUCCAAGACACGACGCGGAUAGAAUAGAGAACGGAUGUCGCAAGCGCGGCCGGCGCAUCGCUGACGAGUGUGAGAAAGACGGCAAGAUUCGUCGGAGCAAGACGGACAAGCCCGAGGGUCCUAUUCCGUGCGAACAAUGUGACAUGCAACUUCCGGACUCUCUCGCAUACUACCGCCACUUCCGGCGGAUGCACCCGGACAAGAAUCGAACCAACUACCCCUCGAUGAAGUCCAAGAGCAUGUGCGAAGUGUGCGGGAAGAUGUUCCAGAGCCUAGCCUCCCUCCAAGACCACAGCUCCACCCACACUGACGGCAAACUCUUCAAAUGUCAGCAAUGCGACAAAACCUUCCAGCGUCGAUACCGACUGAUCGCUCACAGACGGUUACACUCUACACGCCCGCAACACGCGUGUACCGCGUGCGGCAAGAGGUUCUCUACAGCUAGCAACAGGACCAGACAUAUGGCGACGGUUACACUCUACACGCCCGCAACACGCGUGUACCGCGUGCGGCAAGAGGUUCUCUACAGCUAG